AUGGGGAUGGUGUUGAACAGGAGCAAACUGAAGUCCAGAUCACCAACCUGGGCGCUCAGCCUGCGAGCGAGGAUUGGGUUUUUCCUCGGCGCGGGCCGCGGGGUGAGGGAGGGGGUGUCGGGCACCCUGGGGAGGGCGAUGCUAUUGCGGAUCCCCCCCGAGCUCCAGGACCUCGCCCCGCGCUCCGGGGUGGCCGCGUGGAAGCGGGACACGGAGGACCCGCAGAAGAAGCUCGUCCUGCUCAAGCACUUGGAUGGCAACUACACCAACCAAACGGAGGGAGGGACUCGCGUCCAGUUGGACUUCUCCCUGGAGACCCGGCACACCCCGCAGGACAGGCAGCUCUGCCAGUCCAUCGUCAGCAAGCGGCCAGAGGAGGGAGCCUGGAGAUGCAGCUGGAGGUGUCUGCAGGUCUGGGAGCCCGUGUCUGAUCCCAGCACCCGGAUCCGCUGGGCGCCGGCCAACGGCAGCUGCACCAUCACCAUCACCCUCAGCUGCGUGUCGGAGCAAGGGGACAACGUCUCCUACAGCUGGGGCAGCUGGGACACCAGCACCAUGGGGGUCUGCUCCAGCAACAGCGGCCUCCUGCACCUCUCCUACCCCCUGCAGACCCAAGCAUCACCGGAGCCCGCGAUGGUCAGCAGCCAGGUCGCUGCCUUCAACUCCUCUGAGUGCAGCGAGGAGCAAGGGGGUAAGUCCCCAGUUACUGACCUGGCUCUCUCCACCCUCCUGAUCCAGCUCUUGCUUUGCUGGGGGAUUUUUUUAGGCUGCUUUAGGCAGCCUCAGAGGAGCCUUUUGGAAAAAAAACCAAGUGGCUGCUGUCACCUGUUCAGGGUGGCUGAGUCCUUCUUGGCCGGGCUGAGGAUGGAGCAUCUCGUGCUGAUGGUCGUGGUGCCCACGGCCACAGCGGCGAUGCUCACCGGGGUCUUCACGGCCGCCCAUUUGGCCGUGGCCGUGAGUGGGCGCCGCGAGGGAGGGCUGCUGGGGUGUGAAAAAUUUGGAAAGCUGACCUUCGGUGGCCAGAAAUCCCCUGACCCCGGCCGGGCAGCUGCAGCGAUAGGGAUGCAGCUGGGUCCAGCCGGCGGGCACUGUACCGGGGAUGGAUCCAGGCCGGUGAGGAGCUCGCAGUGUGCACCAUCUCCUCCCAAGUGCGGUGGGUGGAGCCCUGCUCAGCGCAACCUGGGGAGGAAAUGGUGGGUCCAUGUAGGGUGGAGGGAGGGUGGCGAGCUGCCUGCUGCUGCUCAUCCUUUGCUCUCCGUGAAGAAGCAGAAAGGGGUCCCUGCUGCAGAGCACCCUUCUUGCACCACCAUCUCCACUGCAGCCACCAGCUUGACCCCCCGGACACAGCCCCCCCACCCCCAGCAGAGCCCCAUGCUCCCUAGCCCCAACGAGGAGCCCACGGCCGUUGAUGCCAGUGUGAUGCUGCCCAUGGGCUGA